AUGCAGCAUCAGCGCCGCCACCCGCGCCGCGUCGAGGUCGUGAUCAGCGGCUUUGGGUCCUUCGCAUUCGUCCCAAGCAACCCGACCUCUCGCGUCGUGAGCUGGCUGCAGCAGCAGUACGGCGCCGGCGCUGACGUCGCGGCGCAGUCCGCACCACGCUCCCUGCGCCAUGGGAGGAUCCACAGCUGCACCAUCCUUAAGGUGUCAGCGCGCGCCGUUAAUGCUUACCUGAUCCAGCAGCUGGAGGAGCUGAAGCAGCGCAGUUUCACGGCCUGCACCGCUUGCGGCGUGGCUGGUGGCGGCGGAGCAUGCGGCUGCGGUCCAACCGUUGUGCUGCUGCUUCACUUUGGAGUUGAUGUCCAGCGGCCGUGGUUCAACCUGGAGACGCGCGCCAUCAACAACGCCACCUUCCGCUCCCCGGACGAGGACGGCUGGCGGCCCAACGCGUGCCCCAUCACGCCCGUCCCCGGCAUGCCGCUGGACUGCAAGCUGACCACAGACCUCGACCUGCAGCGGCUGCACCGCCACCUGCGCGGCCGUGGCCACGACGUGCGGCUGAGCGCUGAUCCGGGCAAGUUUGUGUGCAACUGGACCUACUACAACAGCCUGGCGCUCUGCAGGGAGGCCAUGGCUGUGGCGGCGCUGGCCGCGGCCGCCGCCGCAGGCGCUGCUGCUGCGGCAGCCGGCAUAGCGGCAGCGGAGGGCGGCUCCACCAGUGGUGACGAGACACCAACAAGCAGUGGAGGCAGCGGCUGCGGCUCGGGGCCGUGCCUGAGCGGCCUGAGUGGUAGCAGCAGCGACAGUGACGUGCCGGCUGGCGGCAUUGGCAGCUCAGCUGUCUCUGGCCGCACGCGCGACGCCGCCGCAGCGGCUGCAGCGGUGGCUGGUGGUGUCGCAGCUUCAGGCGGCGGUCUGGCGGUGCACUCUCUGUUUGUGCAUGUGCCUGCCUUUGACUCCAUCAGCGAGGCCAAGCAGCAGCGCUUUGCGGUGGACCUGAUCGAAUCACUCUGUGACCAGCUGCACCACAUGUACUGGGGCGGCGGCAGCGGCAGCGGCGACAACAGUGACACCGGCUUCUCCUGGCACGAGCGGCACUGCAGGCAGCAGCACUACAUCAGGGCCCACCACGCCUACGCCUGCCCUUACGACAGCAUGCACGGUGACGUCUUCAAGCAGCAGCAGCAGCAGCAGCCACCACAGCCGUCGCCGCAGCAGCUUCAACAGCAGCAGCAGCAGCAGCAGCAGCGGCAGCGGCCAGUGCAACGGUCACUUGCAGGGGCUGCUGGCCUUGGCAGCGGCUUUUCUGCACAUGCCUACCAGCAGCUGCAGCUUCAUGCACUGCUUCUGCAGCAGCAGCAGCAGCAGCAGCAGCAGCAGCAGCAGCAGCAGCAGGAUGCUGGCUGGUGGUACACAGCACCAUCGCUGCCUCCGCUGCUUGCGCAGCAAACCCUGCUACAGUAUCAGCAGCAGCAACAGCAACAGCAGCAGCACCAGGUGUACCAGCAGCAUUGCCAGAAGCUCAACCAGCAGCAGCUGCAGGAGCGCGAGCAGCGGCAGUGGAUUGGCAAUGGCUACAGCACCAAUGGCCCUCCAGCCCUGCUGCAGCAGCCGCACCAGCAGCAGCACCCCGCUAUCGUGUUUGCACGCCCGCCUGUUCUGGCAUGA